AUGAAAAAUAAUGAAAAACUAUAUCCACCACAAUCAAUUAGUUAUGAAAAGGAAAGCCAUUUUAUUAAUCGUGCAUUAAAAACAUUGUAUGUGAAAGGAAGUGAAAUAGAAUUAUCAAAAGCACGGUUGCUGUUAUAUCAUAUUUGUCGUUUAGUAUUAAAAGAUGGUCUAGAAUUACUUGGUAUUGAAGCACUGAAGCGUAUUUAA